AUGGGUCAAGCUUCUUCCAGCGGAAGGGCAGAUGGACCGAGCUACUCCUCCCCUGCCUCCUCCACCCCGCACGCUGCCCGCAAGAGGAAAUGGUCUAAGAAGGCCCUAGCAUGCUGUCGAUGCCGCAAGAUCGUUCCAGCCGGAAGUCGCUUCCUCCCGGUGAGAGGAGAGCAGGACAUGGAUCUUUGCCUCGACUGCUGCCAGCAUGUUCAGUUUCAUGUCGACGAGCUGGAAGUCCUUCAUCAGGUCGUCGAUCCCGCCAGUCUGCUCGAAGGGAGCCUCCAAGAGACGCUGGCGAACUGCUUCGAAGCAUACAGCCAGCGACCGCUGCUCAAGCUUGUCAACAGGAGCAAGGACGGUGGCGAUGAGGGAGGGUUUUCAUGUAAGGAGCUGACGUACAGGAACGUGUUCAUUCGGGAUCUUGUUGCUUGCGUGAUGUCGUGUAUCUUCACCAACAUCCCGGUUGUCACACUGGAAUAUGAAGAUCAGCAUGAUGCGGGAGAAGUGCAGGACGAGGACGAGGACGAGGACGAGGACGAGAAGGACGAAGAGAAGCAAGUUGAAGGGAUAGCGAUGCAUGAACUCGAGCAUACCAGCAAGAGGUGGAGGAGACUGAAAGACAUCAUGAUAGCGGGGGGGAUAAACGCCUUCAUCUCCUCCUUGUCUUCGUUGGUCGACAUGGACUCGAUGCUGCUCAAGCUUGAAGGCGAGGACAGAGACUUCCCUGUUGAGUUCACCAUCAACGUCAGGAAAUGCUCCGACAUUCUGGUGCAGCUGACGCUGCAAUGGCGGUUCCUCCAUCGACCCAGCGCUUAUGAUGUGGAGAAGUACGAGCUGAAAGGCAGUCUGCAUGAGAGGAUCUUGUUUGUGCACGUAGUCCCGCACGAGCGUGCGAAGGUUGAGAUGACUUGGACUCUGGAAUACCUGCGGGGCAUGAACGAAGUGGGGGAUGGGAUCGCGACGCAGGUGGCAGCUAGAUCGUCGUCAUCGGAGAGAAGGGAGGAGGAGGAGGAGGACAGCCACAGGGGCACGAGCUUGCUCCGCUCUCAAGUGCUCGCGCUACUUGCUCAGUGUCCAGCGACGGGAAGACAACCGAAGGUGACAGUGGUGGAGGGCAAUCUCUGCUGCGAUGAGAGUUUUGCUCCUCUUGUUGUCAACAUUUUCAUGGGCGGGUGUGUUGGAGUAGCGGACGAUAGCGAUCUCCUCCCAAGUUUGCUCUUUUUGCGGCCAACACAUCUUUUGCUGUCGGAGAGAACUUGGGAGAAGCUGAUGGAGAAGGGUGUACAUAACGGAGGAGGAGGAGGAGGAGGAGGAGGAGGAGGAGGAGGAGGAGGAGGAAUGGAAAACUUAACGAGGGUCUGCACCGCGACGAUCUUGGGCAAGAAGGCAAGAAGUGAAGAUGUGAAGAACAAAGUUGAGUCGCUCUGCAGACCUGAUCGACUUUAA